GUUAAUAUUAUUAAUCUAAAUAUUGUAGGGUUUUUGAUAAUAAUAAUUGUAUCCAAAAAAUCAUUUAAUGAUGCAUCAACGUGCUGUAGCGUCGUAAGAGAGAUUUAAUUAGGUCGCAGCGCAAUAACGAAUUUUUGUCGGCUUCUCCAUCUCUCUCUCUCCCUCGGCAACAUUCUACUUAUACAUUAGUAAAAUAUAAACGUGCGUCCGAUGGUGGUUGCGCAAUGACUACGAAUGAUACGGGGUCGACGUAUCGGAUGACGGAAACUGGUGUCUCUCCGGAGGCUUUCUAAACUGCUUUUUCUCGAGAUCGAGCCACCUUUCCCCUCGCAAGGUGUGAUGAACAGAUGAUGGCACUCGAACCCGCUUUCGAUUUAUCAAGAGCCAUAAAGAGUCAAUAAAGUGGCGAGUGCACAGUUUCUCAGAACUGACAUAUCAUCAGGAUUAACUAUAUCGAUAAUGUAAAAACGUGCGAUAGAACGAAGCACUCGCUAACAUGUCUGACAUCAGUUAUGUUUUAAAAGUCAGACUUUUAAGUUAGUUAUUUGGUUACUCGGAAAAGAGAUCUCUGAUAACAGAAAUGAAUACUUAUAAAUAAUUAGCGUGCAAAAUUCUAGAAAAUAGUACUUGUUUUCCAAAUUAAUUAAUAUAUUGCGAGCAUAUAUCUAAUAUGUAUAUUUAAAAUAUAUAUUUAUGUGUAUACCUAAAAUAAAAUCGUAAUAAAUUUUACAAACAUAAUACUUCAUUUCGUUCAUUUAUUAUUAUUAUAUCCAUUUUAUUCUCUCUUAUAGUACCUUUCACUCAUCCGACUUUAAUAUUCUUCACAUGAAACGAUGAUAAAUUGCUGUAUAUGAAAUGUUCUAUCUUGAAAGCCGUACGAUACAGGUAUAUAAAUGUGCUGGUUUCUUUUCGAGUACUGCAGGAGGUCAGACAUGCUCCAAGAUAUUUCGCAAAGAUUAUCAAAGUGAGUGAGUCGUUAGAGCUUAUUAUUUAUUUUUUUAUUUCCUCACAACCUUCGCAAGGGUACAUGUAACGUUCCUCGAAAGUAAAUAAUAAAAGUCUCUCUCGAAGCUGCUUUUCACGAGCGCUAUUAACGUAAUUUAUUAUCGGGGUCAAAGUGAUCUCAUCCUCUUGGUUAUCCAAAUUUAACCGUGGCAAUUGAGGGCUAAACCAGUUAAGUCUCUACGAGCACAAAGAAACAAUAUGCCGCCCAUUUCUGCAGCUACCAGGAACCGAAACGUUAUAAAUGUUCGAUUCGUAUCACGCUUACGCCAGUAUCAAUCAUCGUGGAUCACGCUGCUCGUCCGCAGAACCAGGACGAUUGGCCGAAAAACUAAUCGACCGUUUCAGCGAAUCUUUCGGAAGUGAGCCGCAAUUUCCGUCUACGUGAGUGGACGGAGAGUGAACUGACAAACUCUAAGAACGUCUCGAAUAAUAAGCAGCGUUAAUUUUGACUCUCUGAAAUGAAGUUAAAUCGUUACGAGAUGAAGAAAAAUAAUUUUGAUGAAGUUGUAGUUUCGCGAUGUUCCAAUUCAACGAUCGCUCUCCAGAGUCGUGUAACUCGACUAAGGUAGCUUUAAAAGCUUUCAGAAUCCUUUAAUAAAUCUUAAAAGAACAUUGUUAUCAAAUUCCAAUAAUUGUGCUAAAAUUAAAAUUAUUUCUUGCUUAGUGAUACAAGAAGCACAUUUAAUCAAACUAUAAUUGAUUGCCAUUGUUAUCUUUACUUUUCUUCACAGCUGGCCUCAAUAUAAAAUAGAGUUACAUUAUCUACUACAACUAGAGUCAACAAUUUGGAGACGCUUUUUGGUGAAUUGCCAUCCGUCUUUGUGGUGAAAUAUCGAAUGACAAAGCGAGAACGAAAGAAGAUCACAAAACGCCUUCGAAAACUGAGAAGAGAGGAAAAGAAGAGCCUUCUCUCUCGAAUUCUAUCAUCCAUUGGGGAUUGGGUAUCAUCAUGACUAUUUCAACUGCGUCGACGACAGGCCUAAACGGGUCAUCGGAGUUACGGCUAACGAAUCGCUCAAGAAGAGAUCAGCGAUGCGGAAAAAGAAGAUCCACCAUCUGGACCGUCGGUGAUCUUAAGCCAGCGCGAUGCGUGCAUUAGGAGUUGAAGAGCGAACGCAUCGCUGUUGCUUGACGCGCGAUCAGUAGCCCACGGAGUCCUACGCGAAAUGCGUGCGCACAAUUCUGAUAGGAUGCGAUUUUUCUGACUUUCUAACGAUCCGUAGCGGAAGAGACAGGGAGAGCAUUCUUGGAAAAAGUGUAUUCAAAUUAAAUCGCUGUUGUGACUGAUAAUUGUUGAUAAAACUGCCAUAAGUGAUAAAACAUGAGGUUGCAACUGCGACGUAUAAGGGUUGUGCAUAUUUUGAUGAUACUAUUAUUCGUAUUCGAGUUUUGCACAAGUAACAACGAUAGCUGGACAAACAGUCACGAGAAGAAGAUGCAGAUAAUUAAGAAACUAAGAAAGGAUUUUCGGAAACUGAAGAAGCAAGAAGGAGCGUUGACGUUGACAGGAAGCGAGAACGGCGAUUACGAAGGAAACGUGGAAAUACUUCACGACGGGAAAUGGGGCAGUAUAUGUGACGACGAAUGGGACGACUUGGAGGCCGGCGUGGUUUGCAGGCAAUUAGGCUUCAACGGUGCAAUUAAAGCAACGACAAACGGCCAGUUUGGUCAAGCUAGAAGAAGGUAUUGGAUGGACAACGUUUACUGUGAUGGAUCGGAAGAUGAACUCACAAGAUGCCGUUUCGACGGAUGGGGCGUCUCCGAUUGCAGUAGCAACGAAGCCGCUGGCGUCAUUUGCACACGCAACGAGGAAGCGAAAGCAUCGUCGGCCACGGUCCCGGAAGAGAAGCCACCAAAAGUUAAAAUAAAGGAUACAUACCAACAAGGGAUAGCGUUACGGUUAUCCGGAGGACGUAUACGUUCUGAGGGCCAAGUAGAAAUUAAAUUGGGCAAUGCAGAUUGGAGUGUUGUCUGCGGCGAUGGUUGGUCCAUUCUUGAGGCCGGAGUGGUUUGCCAACAAUUGGGUCUCGGUUAUGCCUCCGACGCGAUACAGAGCAAUUUUUUCGGCAACAAGGAAGCAAUGCCGAUGUCGAUCAGCGGGAUAGAAUGUCAGGGAAACGAGAAAAAUCUGGCGGAGUGCCUACACGACAAGGUUGUAGACUGUCCAGGAACCGCGGAGAACGUUGCGGGGGUGAUAUGUCAACGGGAGAUGGCCGAUCUCGUGUUUGAUCAUAUCGAGCUGAUGCGCACGGCACAUCUGGAGGAUCGCCAGCUCUACUGGCUGCAGUGUGCGAUGGAGGAGAAUUGCGUGGCUUCGCAGGCCUACAAGGUGCAACGGGAAUCCGGGAAUUGGUACCUGGAGACGAGACGAUUGCUGCGUUUCACGGCGAGGAUCUUGAACACGGGCACUGCCGACUUCCGUCCCUCUGUGCCAAAACACCUGUGGGAAUGGCACAUGUGUCACAUGCAUUAUCAUUCGAUGGAAAUAUUCGCCACUUUCGAUGUGAUCGAUUCGAAUGGCAAUAAAGUCGCCGAAGGCCAUAAAGCGUCCUUCUGCCUCGAGGACAAUCAAUGCAUGCCCGGUGUCCAACCCAGAUACAAAUGCGCCAAUUACGGGGACCAAGGUAUUUCCGUUAAUUGCAGUGACAUUUACAAGCACAACAUCGACUGUCAGUGGGUGGACAUCUCCGAGCUCGAACCAGGACACUACACGCUCAAAGUCGCGGUGAAUCCCGAAUUCAAAGUUGGCGAGAUGUCAUUCGAUAACAAUGCGGCGACCUGCCGGCUACUUUAUACGGAAACUUUUGCAACUGUCCACAGUUGCAUAAUGGGACGUCCUUGACAUGAUGCACGCGCGAUUGCGUGGUUCUUUCUAACAGUGGACGAUUUACUCGGGUGAGAUUAAUGUCGGCGCGCUGACGUUGACUGGACGCGACGAACAGGAAGCGACACAUUGCGACUUUAUGAACUUAAUAAAAUAAUUGCACGAUAUAUAGGCCGCUGAUGAAUUUAUAUAAAUUUUAACUAUGAUGUGAGGUAAAUCUCAUAAGAUUAAGGAAAUAGUGACUUUCGAAUAAAAGGUAAACUUGAACGGUG